AGUGGUAUUCUUGGUUCAAAAUUUUUUCUCUUGAAUCUAGUCAACUUUUUUAUCAGUGUAGAUAAAUUUUGUUACAGCUAUUGUUGAACAAGUGAUGGGGUUAUGUUAUGGUACCCAUGUAAAUCCGCCCAAGUACGAACUAAAUUCUACGAGCAUGAAAAUAUGAGAAAAUAUGAAAAGAAAAAACUUUCCAAUGUUAUCUUUAUGUACUGCGUCUUAAUAAAUUUAUAUUUUUGAUUGGCCAAUAUAACACCUGAUCUAUUAAUUUUAUUAACCAAUAAAAUUCCAUAAUCUAAAUUUUCUUACAAUAUGAAGUCACCUUUACAAUACAUAUUGUCAUACACGUCAUUUGUUGAUAUAUUUAUUGAAAAUUAAGUAUUUUAAAAGAAAUAUUUAUAAAAAAAUAUUAAAUAGCAGUUUCGUGAAAAUUAAUCGAAUGAAUUUUAAUGUGUGACAAUUUAAAAAUUCAAAAAAGUCAACAUAUUUUUUGUGGAAAACAGGAGAUUCAAAAUUGUGAGUUAUGGAGCAGCUAAAUAUGAAAAUUUGAACUGAAAACAUAUGAUUUUAUAAAUAAUUGAAAUAAUAAAAAAAGCAAAUGAUUAAAGUAAAUAAUUGGAGUGAUAAUUUUGUUGGGUAUUUUUAUAAUUUAAAUGAAAUUAAAAAACUUCCAUUUAGUAUUGUAAUUAGCGUGAGGAAAAUAAAUUUAUGACAGUGAUACUUUAAUAUGAAGUUAAAUUUGUAAAAACAAAAUAAUGAAUAAUUUAACGGGACAGUUUCGUAAAACAACAUGGGAUCCAAUAUUAAUAAUAUCACAAAUAAUAGCUGUGCAAACAGUUAUGUAUUUUUUUCUCGGUGUGUGGAUAUGGAUAUUGACAACUUUAUUGGGCGAAACAAAGUCACUUGACUAUGCAUUUCAAUACAAAGAAAUCCAUGUAAGAGAUCACGGUGGGAGAUUAGUUAUCGCUGUAUUUAUAAUAAAUUCACUGAUUGGAUCGAUGGCACUAUGGUGGUUGGUACAGAGAACAAAACAAUGCCUUGACUUUGCUUGCACAGCUCAUUUAAUCCAUUUAAUUAUUUGUUGGAUAUACAAUUCAAAUUUCCCCACGACAUUCAGUUGGUGGUGUUUGAAUAUUGUCUCAACAACAAUCAUGUGCGUAUGUGGUGAAUUUUUGUGUAUGAAAACGGAGUUCAAAGCAAUACCACUUGGUAUGAACAGUCAAAAAACAGCCUUAUAAUAAAUAUAUGCUAAUGCUUUUUUUAUUUGUAAAUUUUAUUUAUUCAACGCUAGUAAUAAAUAUGUAAAAUAAGAGUUUAAUAAAUUUUUAUUAAAUUAACUCACUUGUACAUUA